AUGGCGCCCAAGAGGAAGGUGCGCGUGUCACAAACGUCCAGUCCCGCACCGACGCCCUCUCGUUCAAACACGACCGUCGCAGUCGAGAUAGAACAACGCCGACGACCCAAGCCAUCAGACGAAACGCCAACCACGAAACUCUCGGAGCAAGCGGCGGACCCUGAAGACGACGAGGACGACGAAGAAGCUGCAAACGCCGCCUUGGUGGCAGAUCCAUGGACCGACGACGAGGAGAUUGGCCUGUUCAAAGGUCUCAUACGCUGGAAGCCUACCGGCAUGCACAAGCACUUUCACCUGCUAUCUCUACAUCAACACCUGCUGUCAAACGGCUACAUCCACCCCAAAGCAGCGCAUACACGCAUCCCCGGCAUCUGGGCCAAACUCCACGACCUCUACGAUCUCGAAGCGCUAGACGAACGCGAAGACGCAAAUGCCGCCCCUUGGUCCACAUCCGAAGACGAAGACGAUGAAGAAGAUGAAAGAGAUGAAUUAGGCGACGACGACGACGAGCCAGAACACAUGCACGAGUCAGAGUUCGAACUUCCCGACGACGACUUUGGUAGCCUGAUCUGGCGCGCUCGUUUCCCAGACUCUGAAGACGAUGACAAUCGGCAAAGCUCGCCUGCGUCACAUGAAGAAUUGGUCUCGAGGCCAGACAGUCCACCCGUGCGCUUCACACCCACGUUCGAGAUUGCUUUGUCCGAAGCACAGCAAACGCCCUCUGCGCGGACGUCAAAGUCGAAAACAGCGACAUCUGUGAAGGCGAAGGGCAAACAACCACCUCCAAACCCUAGAAGAUCGAGUCGCGUGGCCGAUAGUGUCGACCCCGAUGAGCACGACGAUGAAGAGGAGGAAGAGGAAGGUAGUGAGGAAGAAGACCAAAGCGAGCAGGAUAGCAUGGCCAGCGGGACCCCUGCGCCUAAAGCUUCGAAGGCAAAGGACAGCAACAACAAUCCACCAAGAAAAGGAUAUGGCUAUGACAAGUACUACGGCACUACCGAUUCGGAAACUCGACAUGCGACUUUCGUCCACACGAAUCAAUACAUCCUGAAAGCUGCACAACAAGUCAAACUUAGCAUCAAAGCCUUCCACAUACACUGGAACUCACAAACUCUGGACGAAGAAGAUGGCAUCCGUUUCAUGCGACAUCAACUCCUAGUCUCCAAAACCGACGGCAGUAUCAAGCUUGAUUUCGAGCUCUUGGCCACCGUCUCGUACUUGAGCUCAACAACAAGAACCUCGAUUGAUGCCAAACGCCAAAAGUAUGAGUUUUGCACGUUGCCGAUCAAGGGCCUUGCUUGGUCGACACAUCCUCGGGCCUCUCUCACUUGGACCCAAAGUUUUCUGGAUCCAGACAUGUGCCAUUGUUUCCGCGAAAUACGCAUCGCGUUAUGCAACGUGGAUGUAGGGUUCUUGACCUCGUUUUUAUCCAAGCAAGCGAAAGGUUUACGCGUGCUUCAUCUCGAACACAUCACCAUGGACCUCUAUGACGAAAAUCUGGGUGACGAAGAAGAAGAUUUGGAUCCCAGUGAGACGGCUAUAAACCUUCUUGCAAUGCUGAAGAAUGACCUAUCGUUGGAGUACCUCAGAAUGACACGAUUGAGCAAUGCAAGAGAUAGAUCGAGGUUGAUUGGUGGACAUGACGAUACCUGGACGAGUCGAGAGGAGAUUCAGGAUGGCUUGCAGAUGUAUAUACAGAGGGAGGAAGACGACGAGCAUUCCGUUGACGAGGAGUGGAUUGAUGAUGAUGAGGGCGAGUGGAUAUCUGUACAUCAUUCUGAGGAUGAGGAUGAAGAAGAAGUCUGGCCUGGUACUUUGCAGGACGGAAAUAAUGAGACAACCAUGGCUCAGCCAGACGCGGGAGAGGGCGAAGAACCUGAGGGAUAA